CCUCUUUGGGGACAUGUCGGGAUUGAUUUAUACUGUAAUCCCAAAAUACGAUUCAGAGAGUCUGCUCAUUGUAAGCCUGAUUGUGAUUACAUUUACUAGACAAGCGCUAUAUAAACUAAGGAAUGCAUUCGAUUAUGAUUGAUCAAAGGAUUUAACGCAGCAUUUGCUAAAUAUAUAAUCACGAGAGUGACUCGAUGACGUACCCCUCGACGACGGGCGGUAACUUUGUCUAUUUAAAGCAAUUUCACUUUCGCUUGUUGGAAUAAUAAGAAUGGAUACGUCUUGCUAUGUGUUUUUCAUCUUUGGAAUUCUAUUUUACCCGAGGACGGCACAAGCAGGUGGACUGGUCUAUGGUUUGAAGAAUGGCAUGGUGAUUAUGUCCCCAGAUUUCCCUGGUAACAUGGAUGAAAUUACAUGGAAGUUUAAAGAAGAUAAAGUAGCAGAAUUAAAUGGAGACAGUAUUGAAUAUUAUGGAAUCUUUAAAAAUAAAGUAAUACUUUAUAAAAAUAAUGGAUCACUUGAACUCAAAAAUCUUCAGGCACAGGAUAGUGGUAAAUAUGAAGUGGAAAUUGUCCAAAAUGGACACAUUAAAAACGAUAUUUUCGACCUCAGAGUCAUUGAUCCUGUUCCUAAACCAGUGAUAGAAUGCAAUGUUACUAAUGACCAUGUCAUGCUGACAUGUAAAACUGAAAUGAAUUUACUUACCCGUCUACAUUGGAAUGGUACUGACAUAAAAAAUCAGGAAAUCACUGCAAAUCCCCUGGAGCUGGAGAAGCGAGAUGAUAAUGCAGAAUUCACGUGUACUGCUAGUAAUCCAGCAAGUGAGAUGAAGAGUGACAUCUUUCUUAUAAAAGAUUGUAAUGAUGAAAGCAAUCUACUGAAUGCUGCCAUGUUAGCAGUAGUAGUAGUAGUACUGAUUUUACUGCUACUGUCAAUAAUAGCUGUUGGACUAUAUUUUUGUUUUAAACAGAAAGUUUCUAAUGAUACCAAACAGGAAAAAAAUAUGAAAAAUGAAGAAAAUAUGAGGCUAAUGUCAACACAUGAAAUGGAAACAAAAGACAAGGAAACAGACAAAUUUAAUCCGAAUCAAUGUAAGGGUUUCGUAGGGGAAGAUGCAAGGAUUGAAGUUGUGAAUAUCCACAACCAAAACACUGAUCCAGAUAAUGUAAAGGAGAUGGAAAAGGGAACAACUCAAGAUAACUUCACAGAUAGCAAUAAAGCAUUAGCAGCACCAGCACAAGACAUUGACAAGGAAGAAAAUUACUCAGAUAGUGACAAGACACUGGCACUACCAUUAGAACAAAAUGGCAAGGAAGAAAAUGAGACAGAUAGCAAUAAAACAUUGGCACCAGCAGCACAACAAACUGGCAAGGAAGAAAAUGAUUCAGUUUGCAAUGAGGCAAUGGAGCAACCAGCAGAACAAACUCGAAAAACAGAAAACGAGUCAGAUUGCAAUGAUACAAUUGUGCAAUCAGCAGAACAAACUGAAAACACGGAAAAUGAGUCAGGUAAAGUAACAAACCCUGAAACUCUGAAUAAUGAAGAAAACAACACUAAAGCAGAUUGCAAUGAUACAAUUGUGCUACUAUCAGAACAAACUGAAAAGACGGAAAAUGAGUCAGGUAAAGUAACAAACCCUGAAACUCUGAAUAAUGAAGAAAACAACACUAAAGCAGGUGACAAAGGCCCGCUAGAGGCAUCAGCAGAACAUACAGCCAACAUUGUCAAGGAAUCAGGAUCUGCAAAUGAUGACAUGAAUAAGGAAGUUAAAAGCCAGGAUGAAGAUCAAGCACCAAAGCCUGAACCUUUGAAGAAUGAAGGAAACAACACUAAAGCAGGCUCUUUAGAAGCAUCAGCAGAAAACACAGACAACAACGUCAAGGAAUCAGAGCAUUUAUCAAAGCAUGAAGCUAUGAGGAAUGGAGAUAACACUAAAGCAGGUGAUACAGGCCCCUUAGAUGUAUCAGCUGAAGAGACAGAUAGCAAUAAGAAGGAAUUAGGUGAUACAGGCCCCUUAGAUGUAUCAGCUGAAGAGACAGAUAGCAAUAAGAAGGAAUUAGGUGAAUCAGGCCCCUUAGAUGUAUCAGCUGAAGAGACAGAUAGCAAUAAGAAGGAAUUAGGUGAAUCAGGCCCCUUAGAUGUAUCAACUGAAAAGGCAGACAACAAUAACAGGAAAUUAGAUAAAAAGGAAGAUGUUUAAAGUGGCAAAUUUAAAAAGGUGCAUAUUAAUCCUGACAUGUGGAGACAGUUACCAUUCUUCAAAUCAAACAUUGGAUGCAAGAUCAGAAAAGUCAAAUGAGAUGCAAUGGACACCUUUAGACCUUAGUGAGCUGCUUACUGAAUGGCUCACUUUCUGAUUUUCUGUCCGAGGGCAGAAAACAAUGACGGUGCUAUUUCAACAUUGAAAACCGUAUCUGAACAGUAAAGACAGAAUGGUCUUCGUUUUUUGCUGCUGUGUAGCCUUUUAUAUAGUGACUUGAGUACAAGAGGUAUAUAUAUUUUUUACUAUUUUGUUUUAUAUUUUUGAACUUUGUAAUGCAUAACAACUGUGAUUCCAAAAUGUCAGCUGCAAAGCUUGGAGUGAUGACUACUGAUUUCUCCAAAUGGCAUCAAAUCAGCUGUGCAUUGAAGAAGUAUCUUAUUUCAGAUAGUUGUUUCAAUUUUCUAAAGUUUUCCCACUCUUUACUCAGCAUGUGAGUAUGUGCAAGUCAGACAUCCUUUUUAUAGCGGUGACAAUCUGAAUCCUGUUUCAUGUAUGAUGAAAGACAUUAUGGAAAAUGGCCUUCAGCAUGAUUAGUGGUUAUAACAAUCUGGAAUGUGUUAAUUAACAAGAAGUGAUUCCAUGGUGGCAGUUUUGGGCAUCAGCUAUACUAGUGUUUUGGUCCCUAUUUUUUAGUGUUGUUUGCCUUCCAGCUUGCCCUACUAUUUUUUUUACUUUUUCUACUUUUCCUAAUGGCAAGUGACCAAUCCAGCAAAAAAGGUACCACAUGCUGACUCUGGUGAUACAAUAUGGCGGCCUUCUUUGAGGAUAUGAAAAGACAUUUUUCAGAUCAGUUCAUUGUCAUGUGGUAUUCCAGGCAGCAUCAUAAAUGUCAUGUUCAGCUCUCUGAAGAUACUAAUGGAGUUGUGGAGGAACAAAUUGGUUUAGUUUCCAGAGCUCAUCAGUGGACUCACACGAUAAGCAAAUGAAAACACUGGAGAACCAAGUGACGGCUUUAGUGAUAAAAGUAACAGACUUGGAGGAUAGGAGUAGAAGAAAUAAUAUCAACAUAGUGGAGUUUAGAGAAAAGAUAAAAUGUGUAAGUCCAUUGCAACUUCUUGUUGUACUUCCUCAAUAAUAUUACUUUUGAUGAUGUGAAGUGAACUCUUUAAGCUAUUGAUAAUUUUCAAGUUUUGGACAUGUUUCCUUGUAAUGUCUUCUUCUCCCUAUAAAACAUUGCAGUUUUUCUCUAA